GACAUUUUACAUUUCUCGUUUUGUUCCGUAUUAUCUUUUAACAUUGAGACAGUUAUAAUUUAUUAACGAAUAUGUGUCAAAGACAUCCAGAUCUACCUUUUCUGCCCGGAUUUACCAUCAAUCCAAAUCUGGGCAAAACUAAAUUCAACCUGGAUCCCCAAUUUGUUCACCUUGGCCCAGGAAUAAGAGCGCUGAAAGAAAAAGUUAAACCUAAUAUGUUAAGUCCCAUGUCAGACAAAUAUCCUUCUCUUUAUCCCAGGGGAGAAGUUCUGGAGUUACCUGCCUGGAUUUGUUUUGAUAAACAAAUACUUCAAUUCGAUGCGUUCUUCCAAGAAACACUGCAAGAAGUACGAUGCACGCCUUACAUAGUUCGAAAAGUAAAGAUAUACUUCUUUCUUGAAGAUGGCACCAUUCAAGUUAUAGAGCCGAAAGUCAAAAAUAGUGGUAUCUCACAAGGUACAUUGAUUGCUCGGACCAGAAUUCGUUUCCCCGAACCGAUGUCUGAGAAUUUUUACGACAUAUUGGACUUUAACAUUGGACGUGAGGUGGAAUUUUUCGGCAGAGUCUUCAAAAUCACAAACUGCGAUCAAUUUACACGGCAAUUUUUGAACAGAUGUGGCAUAGCCGUACCAGAUCCAAUAACUUCGCCCAGCGAUCCCUACGAUGUCAUGCGUUCCAAGGAGCAGGACUGUUUCUUCCCCAAGAAGCCCAAUCGAUUUGUCGAUUCUAGGGGGAAGUUUUUAGAAAAUGAUCGAAAGGUUUUAAGAUUCAAGGCUUAUUGGGAUGAUCGCAAAACGGAAUUUGGAUAUAUUCACAAUUUGGAAGUGUUGUUUUAUUUGGCUGAUGAUACGAUAGAGAUAAAUGAGAAGAACGAACCCAAAAGUGGACUGAGAAAUUUUUGUUUCUUGUCCAGGACUAAAUUACCGAAGGAUUACAAAGGUUUACCGGUGCCAGGAGAGGAUGCACCGAAUACAAUUUUGAAUGUUUUGGGUUCAACUUUAAAUAGAAGAUUCACUGUAGAUCCGUUAGAUUGUGGGAAGAAAGUCAGUGACUUUUAUACCGAAAAAGAUUUCAGCAUCGGUGGAACUUUAAAUUGUUACGGCAGAAAUAUUGUUCUAAUAGACUGUGACAAUUUUACAAAGGACUAUUUCUCCAAAAAUUACGGAUUGGAAGAGUUGAUUCCAAUCGAUGCUCCUAAUAACAAAAAGGAAAAAGACGAUCAUAAAAUUCAAGUUAAACAAUUACCGCCUUGGAAUGGAUUCGGUGGUUAUGAAGAUUCAGCUCAAAAUUGUAUCAAUGUCGCUCCCAAACCGCCGCAUCGAGAUUUCAAAAAGUUUUUAGCAUAUGACAGAAUCGGUAUGGACAGUCACAUACUAAGAUUCGAAGCUAGAUUGGUCUCAAAGAUUCCAGAAUAUUGUUCAAGAAUUUUCAUCGUGAGUUACUUUCUAUCCGAUGAUACAAUCAAAGUAAGUGAAAUUGCCAGAGCAAAUUCAGGCUUCAAAACUUCGUGCUUUUUCUCCAGAAGGCCGGUCAAAUUGCCAGGUCAAAGAGUAUACACAAGCGAACCGCCUUUGAAGUAUACUCCCCAACAUAUGUUUGUGGGAGCUACUUUAAUUAUAAAUGGCUUUCAGUUUGUCUUGAUCAAUGCAGAUGAAUAUUCUUUCAGAUUUAUGGAACUCAAUCCUCAAAAAUAUCCUAAAGCAAAUAUUAAAUUGAUCAUGGAGAAUGUGAGAGAAAGAUUAAGACCUAUAUAUAGAGAUUUCAUAGCUGAGAAUAUUCCAACAGAAACUCCCACAAUUCCAUACACUAAACUAAGAGCCCAACUUUGUAAAAUAAUGGGUGAAGAAUUUACCGAACACGAGAUGAUAACAAUUGCGAGAGCAUUUACUGCAGUCUGCACAGAACCAAGAUAUAAUAGAGAAAAAAUAAGAGCUUUAGCUUUGACUGAAUUAAAACGUUUCCUCUGGGACGAUUGGGUGCGGCUAAGAGAAUAUAUGCUUAAACGUGAUCCGACCAAAACUGGAGUUUUGUCACGAAAAGAUGUGUGCACGGUUCUUAAAGCUUGCAGAAUCCCAUUUGAUCCUAUUUUAAUUGACAAAAUAUUGGAUGUUUGCAAGACUGAUGAAAAUUGUAAUAUAUAUUACAUGGAUUGUUUGAACUUUUUGGAUAGAAGAAUUGAUCCUCCAUCAGAUGUAGAACCUGUGAAUGUUAAGAGUGAACUUUGGUGGGGAUUGGAUAGAGAUGCAGAUCCAACUCUUCUUAUUGACUGGUGUGAGUUUAACAAGUAUCUGGAUUUGGAAGACACUUUCAAACAACCUAUUACUGAUCAAGAAAUUAAAAAUUUGGAGGAAAAGAAUCUGAUUUAAAAAAACUUUAUACAAAUUUUUAUACAUUUACAAAAUGAAUAUACCGAUUUAUUAUUUAGAA